GCAAGGGUUCGCGAGCGCAACAUCCGCUUGGCAAAACUCAUUGAGUUCAAGAAGGAAUACAACGCACUGCGGAAGCUCCUUUGCCGCAUGGCAGCCGAGCGAGAAGAAAGGCGCCGAGAUUCGCGACGGCAGGACGGUUGAGAGAUUGGACUUUUAA